UUCGACCGCGCGUCUCAUCAUGAAAUAUCCUCCGCGAAGACAUCACCAUGGGGCCCAUGUCUCUCGUGCGCAACCAUACACCACGACCCAGUAUCGGAUAGCCUGGAGGCUACGUAGAUCCAAUGUUUGGUCUCGUCGCCCACAGUUUGCGGGCCCACCCCAGUCGACUCAUCUGAGGCAAAGGACAGUUGCCCGGCUUGGUCCGCAGUCUCCAGCUUACCAGGCAGCAGGAGACGAAAGUCCCGGCUAUCAAGAUGAAAGAGGCAACUAUGGUGAGGAUUUUGUCGGUGACUACGGUGACGACUUUGUCGGCGACUAUGGCGACGGUUUUGUCGGCGACUUUGUCAGCGACUACGGCCAGGAGAAUGCGUGUCAAAGUCAUCCGGAGCUGGAGCAGCGCAUGAACCAGCUUCUUGAGACUGCCAGGGUACAAAGCAAACAAAUGGACAAAACAACGAGGGAAUUGGUUCAGCAAAUGAGGGAAGUAGUACAACAGGUUUCGACAUUGCGCGAGGAAGUACGAGAACUGCCGAAUAAUUUGGUUGAGAAAAUCUUGCUGCCCUUUUUUCAGGAGGCCGAGACUGUAUUGCAAGGAGAACAAGACCAAGUGCGUCACGGAGUGACGGGAGAACAUGCAACAAUGGACCUUAUCGAGAUGUCCACCAAAGGCAGCGAACCUCGUCGCUAAAGACCAUACGAUAGUCAGAUAUUAUGAUGGUGUGGCCAACAGAGGGUUUCCCUCUUUUGCGUUUUUUUGUUUAUGUAGUCGAGGAAUCGAUAUCAAUGUCUCGUGUCAUGUCGGUGGCACAUUCUAAGACAAGGACCUCUAGGUGACGUAACCUAUCCAGGGUAGGAUACUCUAAUUCAUCGAGUAGAUUUAUGAUAGGGUCACUAGAUGCCUCGCGAUUUCAGAAUGAGCUCUCUCCACUUCCCAGUAUGAGAUGAGAAUCAAGUUCAAAUGGAGCUACAGAUAAAGGGAAAGAGGUGUCUUGGUGGCGAUGUUUGGAUGCUUGAAUUGUCUUUUCCUUCUUUUCCUCCAUUUUUUUGAUCAGUC